AGGAGAACUGGGGGAGGGGGAGCGCAGAGACUAAGACCUCCUGAUCCCCAAGUCUCCGGAGAUCCCUUGUGUGCCAGAGAGGAAUUCUCUAUUCGUGCCUGAGAGCGCUCCCCCGCCCUUGUUCAGAGAUAGCAGGAAGUGAAACUCCCGGGACAGCGAAUCCGGGAGCGGCAAGGAGAAUGGGACCCUUUGUGGGGUAGGGGUGAAGGACCACCGAUCACUGGGAAAGGCCGGGAUGAGGACUCGGUAGCCCGCCGAGAUUUCUAAGUCUUGGGGUAACGGGGAGAAGGCACUUGAGCGUUGGAGUAGAAGAUUCCUAGGGGGAGAGAUCAAGAAACAGCGCCCAGGCAUUGGGUGGGUGCGGUAUUGGAAACUCCCCACCCCCCAACCCAACCAUGUCCGAAGUAUCUGUGCGUAAGAGUCUGGUGGAAGGGACUCAAGGACUUGUUUGGAAACCAUCUUCUGCUGGAUCUGAUGUUUGUUUGGGUGGGGGUAUCAGAGCCCCUGCCAGCGCCAUCCAGGUGACUGUGACAGACCCCUACCAUGUGGUGAUCCUAUUCCAACCCGUGACCCUGCCCUGCUCCUACCAGUCGACCACGACCCCCAUGGCGCCCAUCGUGAUCUGGAAGUACAAGUCUUUCUGCCGGGACCGCCUUGCUGACGCCUUCUCCCCAGCCAGUGUUGACAACCAGCUUAACGCCCAGCUGGCGGCUGGUAACCCGGGCUACAACCCCUACGUGGAGUGCCAGGACAGCGUGCGCACCGUCAGGGUUGUGGCCACCAAACAGGGCAAUGCCGUGACCCUGGGAGACUACUACCAGGGCCGGAGGAUCACCAUCACAGGAAAUGCUGACCUGACCUUUGACCAGACGGCUUGGGGGGACAGCGGCGUGUACUACUGCUCUGUGGUCUCAGCCCAGGACCUCCAGGGGAACAACGAGGCCUACGCAGAGCUCAUCGUCCUCGGCAGGACCUCUGGGGUGGCUGAGCUCUUACCCGGUUUUCAGGCGGGGCCCAUGGAAGACUGGCUGUUCGUGGUCGUGGUCUGCCUGGCUGCCUUCCUUGUCUUCCUCCUGCUGGGCAUCUGCUGGUGUCAGUGUUGCCCCCACACCUGCUGCUGUUACGUCAGGUGCCCCUGCUGCCCCGAAAAGUGCUGCUGCCCAGAGGCCCUGUAUGCUGCAGGCAAAGCUGCCACCUCAGGCGUCCCAAGCAUCUACGCCCCCAGCACCUAUGCCCACCUCUCCCCUGCCAAGACCCCAGCCAUGAUUCCCAUGGGCCCUCUGUACAACGGGUACUCUGGAGACUUUGACAGGAAUAGCUCAGUUGGUGGCCACAGCUCCCAGGUACCCCUGCUUCGUGACACAGACAGCAACGUGACCUCUGAAAUCCGUAGUGGCUAUAGGAUUCAGGCCAACCAGCAGGACGACUCCAUGCGGGUCCUGUACUACAUGGAGAAGGAGCUGGCCAACUUUGACUCUUCUCGACCUGGUCCCCCAAAUGGCCGUGUAGAGCGAGCCAUGAGUGAAGUCACCUCCCUCCAUGAGGACGACUGGAGAUCCCGGCCUUCCCGGGGCCCUGCCCUCACCCCGAUCCGGGAUGAGGAGUGGGGUCACCACUCCCCCCGGAGUUCGAGGAGGUGGGAACAAGAGCCCCCCCUGGACCGGCCAGGGAGUGGCUGGGGGGCCGGGCGGCCCCGAGCCCGUUCUGUGGAUGCUCUAGAUGACCUCGCCCGGCCGGGCUCCGCUGAAUCAGGGAGGUCUCCCCCAAGUGGUGGGAGGAGAGGCCGGGCCUGUGCACCCCCCCGAAGCCGCAGCCGUGAUGACCUCUACGACCAAGACCAAGACGACUCAAGGCACUUCCCACACUCCCGGGAUCCCUACUAUGAUGACUUCAGGUCUAGAGGCCGCCCUCAUGCUGACCCUAGGGCCCGCUACCACCCCUCCCGGGACCCUCCAGGUGAUGGCUCCAGGUCUGGGGACCCCCAAUAUGAUGGGCAGCUACUAGAAGAGGCCUUGCGGAAAAAGGGGCCAGCGGAGAGAAGGAGACCUUACAGGGAGGAAGAAGAGGAAGCCUACUACCCUCCAGCGCCUCCCCCUUACUCUGAGACUGACUCCCAGGCCUCACGGGAGCGGAGGCUUAAGAAGAACUUGGGCCUGAGUCGGGAAAGUUUAGUCGUCUGAUCUCAACGUUUUGUAUGUAGCUUUUGUACUUUUUUUUAAAUUUGAGGAAUUAUUGAUAUUCUCCUCCUAAGACUAAUAAAACUUAUGAUCACAAGUC